AUGGAGGCUUGUCUGCUACAGUUGCCCCUCAGGCUGCUCCUGUUGGGGGCCGCUGUUCUGAUUGUGUCUGCUCUGGACACAGCCGACCUGGUGGACCUCUGCGGGCAGACGCGGCAGGGGCCCGGGCUGCUGCUGCGCUCGCACUCCGCAUCCCGCAGGUUCUACUUCGUGGCCCCCGACACCGACUGCGCGCUCUGGGUACGCGCGGCGGCCCCCGACGACAGCAUCCGCUUCCAGUUCCGCUUCUUCCUGGUGUACAGCCUGACCCCCGCGCCCCCCGCGCCCCCCCGCGUCUUCCCCGGAGCCGCCCGACCGUGCUUCCCGGGCUCCUACCUGCAGUUCUACGAGGGCCCUUCGGGGGCGCCCCGACCCCUGGGGGACCCGCUCUGCGGCCUGACCAUCCCCGCCCCGGUGGCGUCCUCCGGACCCUUCCUGGGCCUGCGCCUGGUCACCAGAGGCCGCCAGCCCCGCGUGGACUUCGUGGGAGAAGUCACCUCUUUCCGUUUGGGAUCCUGCGGUGCCUACUUCCAGUGUCAGAACGGCGUGUGCAUUCCCCCGAGCCUGGUGUGUGACCCCUGGGACAUGGACAACUGUGGCGAUGGCAGUGACCAGGCUUCCUGGCCGCCAGCCAGCUGCAGAGGCCCCUCUCUGGUGCCCAGUCAAGCAGGGAGUAUGCACGGUGAUGCCGCCACGCUCCCGACUCUCCCACCAGCUCUGGGGUCUGCAGGCACCCUCCACACUGUGGCCGACAGGAGUCCCAUUGCAGACCCGGACCCCAAACAACCAGGCAUAACUCGGGAAGGUCCCCGACUGCAGGGGGUGGUGCUGGCCUCCUUGCUGAUCCUGGCCUCCACCGGCCUCCUCGUGGGCCUCCUCUGGUCCCGCCCAACCAAGCCCUAG